AUGGCAGACAUGGUAUUUGGAUGGACGCAUAGACGCAUGGCCUCGCCUUUCGCAUUGGCUUUGGUUAGGAUGCUGGUUUUGGGAUUGGGGACGGAGAUGGGGAUGGAAGAUUCUUAUUUAACUUCUGAGUCCCGUAGCGGGGUGGAUAGAUCAAAUCGAGAGUUGAGAUAUGUUGCGCAUGGAGUGCGUGGUGCCAUUAUUUGCAUGGUGAAACGUGAUGGAUGGAUGGGGUUGCGAUGCGAGGUUUGA